CACAAUCGGAUAUCGAAGCAUCUCGAGUGUUCAUUUUCACCCCUAAAGAAGAAAAGUACAGAUUGAGCGAGGAAAGAGAACAUCUCACUUUGGAUGCUUGGUUGUUGAAAUUUGGCCAAAGAGGAAGAACGGCUCGUCUGUUGAACCAGACAAGUGGACUCGUUGGCGCAACUUUUGGUGGGCCUUUCGACGUUUCCGGCACUAAAGGAGAGUCUGAUUUGGUCUCUUCUGAGAGGAUACCAGCUCUCUACUUGGCCGCUAUCGGCCAGGGGUUGGGCGCCCUCGAGUUGGGGCGUUGGAAAAGCCUUCAACUGCGACUCUUCUCCGCCACUACUUGGAAGAAGAGCAUGUCGAUGCAGAGUUUCAAAAGCCUCGGUGUAAGCUUAUGUAAGCAGCUUAGCCCCUCCUUACCCCUCGGCGGGGAGCACCCGCCUGCCGUACCAAGGUUGACCUCCGCCUCUCCUCUCGUCCGACAUCGUUCCAGCAAGCCUAACGAGAAGAAGACUAGCACACUAUGCCGGGACUAUGGACGACAUAUAUGGAAUGCAAACCGUCUGAUCG